AUGGAUUAAUUUUUUCGUUAUUCUAACAAUUUAAAGCAGAAUGUCAAUAUAAUAGAAUCAAUCUCUUCACUUUCAGAAUUUGCAAUUUUAGGUGAUUAAAAGGAAUCAGAUUUAUUUGAGUAAUUUUAUGAAAUCAAUAAAAUUAGCUUAUUUAUCGAAGAAAAAAUUGUCGAAGAGUUUCUAAGAAUAUUGAAAUCAACAAAGGAUACAAAUAUAGUAAAUGCUAUCUUACAUUAAAUUUCAAUGCUUAUGUAUUAAUAUUAUAGAAUUAAUAGAACAAACAUUAAUUAAAAUAUUGUUGUCUUACUGUCUUUACCUUAAUUAAACGAAUUUAUAAUCUACAAUUAUGAUCUCAGCAAUGAAGAAACUUAGGAUUACUAUAUUAAUUUUAUUAAAAUUCUAUCAAAUAAGGUAAAAAGAGAAAAUAUUAAUUUAUUCUUUAAUUAAGUAAGUAUUCAUAAUAGUUUUAUUAGAAAUAUGCAUAAUUUCCACUUUUAUUAUAUUCCUAGAAUUUUUAUAAUGCCAAGGAUAAUUUAACUAGAACAUAUACGAGACAUAUAUUAUUUUCAAUUCUUUAGAUUGUAUAAGAUAGUUCAAAUGAAUAAAUAAUUUUGAAAUACCUAUAAUCUUAUCCAUUUUUGUAAGUAUUGACAAAUCAUAUAUCCUUUAUGAAUGAAUUAUUAUUUAAAUGGAGUAAAAAUCAAGAUUACUUUAAUGAAGAGUUAAAGAACAUGUAUUAUUUUUUUAAAGACUUAUAUAAUAUAGCACCAUAUCUAAUUGAUGUAAUUAUUUACUUAUUUUAAGGCAUUAGAUAAUUUAUUUUUCAAAAUAAUAAUAUAGCCUAUUUAUUAAACACUUUAGUAGAAAGAUGAAACGAUUAUAAAAUAAAGUAGUCUGAUAUUAUCAAGCUUUUUUAAUGCUGAAGUUUUAUUUAGUAAGAGAUUACUUAUUAGCAUUCUGAUACUCUUAUUUUCACCAGAAAUUCCAAAAUUUCAAUCACUAUAAUUAGAAUUAGAUUAUUUACCAACAAAAGAUCCAGAAUUAGUAAAUUAAUGCAUGAGAUUUUUUUAAAAUUCUCAAUAAGAUCAAGAUGUAAAAGAUGUGGAUACUAUUAGUAGUUUAUUGUAAUCUAUCACUCAAACUAUAUCUUAUGUUUCCCUUAAUUCAAUAUUUACUAAGAAAAUUCCUAAAUAAGAUAUUUAUGAGAUUUUAUUAUCUUUUAAUUACAUAUAAAUGUUAAAUUCAAGUAUUUUAUUUUAGGAAAAUUAAUUAAUUCUUGAUGAAUAAAUUUAUAAUUAGUAAAUUCUAUCUUAUAUUUAAAUAGUCUUAAUGAAGAACAUUUUAACUCAAUUUUAACAGUAUUAGAAACAUUGA